AUGUGGCCCGAUAUAAACUGGAGGUCGCAUUUUUCGCCGGCCAAAGUCGUCUUCUAUCUCGUCUUCUGGGGAGGUCACAUAGGGCUCUUUGCUCUCGGGUGGUAUUUGCAAGCAAGUGAUAAAAAGCUCGCACCUCUAAACGAAUUAACCUAUUCAGUAUGGAUUUCUCGAGGUGCCGCUCUAGAUUUGAGCGUCGACGGUGCCCUGAUCUUACUGCCCAUGUGUCGGACAUUGUUGAGAUAUGCGCGCCCAAAAGUUCGAUGGCUCCCACUAGAUGAGUCGCAAUGGUUUCACCGCCAGGUCGCAUAUGCUUUGCUAAUAUUCACUAUCAUUCAUACUUCGGCACACUACGUCAACUUCUAUAACAUAGAGAAGGAUCACAUACGACCAGAAACCGCCAUUCAAAUCCAUUACACCCAGGCUGGCGGCAUUACAGGCCAUGUGAUGCUUCUAUGCAUGUUGUUAAUGUACACGACUUCUCACCACAAAAUUCGACAGCAAUCCUUUGAAACUUUUUGGUAUACACAUCACCUUUUUAUUCCUUUCCUACUGGGGCUUUAUACGCAUGCAACCGGCUGCUUUGUGCGAGAUACCUCGCAGCCCUAUUCACCUUUUGCUGGUGCGAAUUUCUGGAAUCAUUGUCUUGGAUGGGAGGGUUGGCGAUGGGAGCUUUGGGGAGGGGCGUUCUAUCUCAUUGAACGCCUGUAUCGCGAGGUGCGGGCUCGUCGUGAGACGGAAAUCACAAAAGUCAUUCGCCACCCAUACGACGCCAUGGAGAUCCAGUUUCGCAAGCCUAGUAUGAAGUACAAGGCUGGGCAAUGGAUCUUUUUACAAGUGCCCGAGGUCUCAACAUCUCAAUGGCACCCGUUUACCAUCACCUCAUGCCCCUUUGAUCCUUAUAUCAGUGUCCAUGUCCGUCAGGUGGGCGACUUUACUCGUGCUCUUGGUAAUGCUCUUGGCUGUGGUCCCGCCCAGGCUAAAGACUUGGAAGGCCUUGAUCCCAUGGGCAUGUACGAAAUCGCCAUGCAAAACGGCCAGAUAAUGCCCAAGCUGCGCAUCGAUGGACCAUACGGAGCACCCGCCGAGGAUGUAUUUGACAACGAAGUUGCCAUUCUAAUCGGCACAGGCAUCGGAGUCACACCCUGGGCCUCAAUUUUGAAGAACAUCUGGCAUCUACGCGCCGGACCAAACCCCCCACAACGUUUACGUCGUGUUGAAUUCAUCUGGAUCUGCAAAGAUACCAGCUCCUUUGAAUGGUUUCAAGCGCUACUUUCUUCCCUCGAAGAACAAUCCGCCAUCCAUGCCGACGCCCAGGGAGGUCCUGAAUUCUUACGCAUCCACACAUACCUUACACAGCGUCUUGACCAGGACACAGCUGCAAAUAUCUAUCUCAACACAGUAGGCACAGACCACGAUCCUCUGACCGAACUCAAAUCGCGCACAAAUUACGGACGGCCUGACUUUGAGCGCUUAUUCGGCGCGAUGCGCGAUGGCCUAGUCGAUCGGACAUAUCUGUCCGGUCUGGAAAGGAAUAGCAAUAAUUCUACCGCAGACGUAGGUAUUUAUUUUUGUGGACCGAAUUCUGCGGCGGGACAUAUACGUCAAGCAGCUCAGGAUGCGUCUACGAAGGAUGUUAGAUUUAAGUUCUGGAAGGAGCAUUUCUGA